UAUUUACAACCCUCAAACGAAGCAUAAUUUAUUGGUAAAAUUUAAAUCAGAGUGUUAUUUAUGUCGGGUGCCAGAUUCACACGACUCAUAGACAAGAAGACAAGACAGAGACAACAUAGCGUUACCCUUUGUAUAUCUAUUAUCUAUGGCGUUAAUUAAAAAAUCGUUCCAUUCUACAAAGAACGUUUUUAGAAUAUUACAACAAAAUUAUGUUCCAAAGCCAUGUGAUUGAAAGCACGACUUACCAUCAAUCCAUCACUAAUCUCACUAAUUAUUGACGUAAAACGAGUGCCUAGAAUUGUGGAACACGUCCACACGGUAUAUUCAAGAUUCCGUAAAACAAGCGAAAUUCAAAUAACCUUAAUAAAUAGGUACUUACAGGUACUCGUAUGUUCUUAGUAGCUGUUAAUUAAUAGAAGUGAAAAGUUAAUUUUGAAUUUAAAAUGACUAGCAUUGAAUUUAGUGAAGGUUUAGAAAAUGAAACAUCAACAGAUGAUUUAGAAAAAACGCUAGUAAUAGUUGCUGCAGAUGCUGAUAAAAGAAAUUAUGAAGUUAUAGAAAAGGAAGAUAAUUUAAAUGAUGAAAAAGAUGAAGAUAUUCAACCUAAAAGUAGUAAAAAGCUUAAAAUUUGCGAUUUUAAAGAUGAACGUUGUUCUAAUACAAGUUUAAGAAAGGCCAAACCUGAUGAAUCUGUCGCUCACCAUUCCAGAGAGAGUUAUGCAAAUAUAGUUGCAACACACUAUAAUUCUCGACUGGAGAAAGGUUUGCAUGAGAGAUCAAAGUCAAGACUGUUUUAUUUGAGAAAUUUUCAUAAUUGGAUUAAGAGUAUGCUUAUAAAUGAAUACUUGGUUAAAAUAAAAGAUAAGAAAAAGAAUAAUUCACCAAUUCAUGUUCAUGAUAUGUGUUGUGGUAAAGGUGGAGAUUUAUUGAAGUGGAAAAAAGGAAGUAUACACCACCUAAUAUGUAGUGAUAUUGCACCAGUAUCUCUUGACCAUUGCAAAUCAAGAUAUAGAGAUAUGCAGAAUAGAAUUGGCCAUGAAAGGGGCUCUGAGAGUAUCUUUUCAGUUGAGUAUAUAGCUGCAGAUUGUACAAAAAUCAGACUUAGAGAAAAAUAUCAGGACCCUUCAAUGAAGUUAGAUCUUGUUAGUUGUCAAUUUGCAUUCCAUUACAGUUUUGAAAGUUUAAAGCAAGCAGAAUGUAUGUUGCAUAAUGCUGCAGAGUGUCUUUCAGCAGGAGGAUAUUUUAUAGGAACAAUUCUUGAUUCAAAUCAUCUUUUGGUAAGAGCAAGAAAGAAAAAAUCUAAUCGUUUUGGUAAUGGAGUUUAUCAAGUACAAAUGGAUUUUGAUAUAAAUAAACCCCCUCUCUUUGGUGCAAAAUAUCAUUUUUAUCUAGAUGGUGUGGUGGAUUGCCCAGAAUUUUUAAUUCACUUUCCAACUUUUGUUAAAUUAGCAAAAAAGUAUGGACUUAAAUUAAUUGAAAAAUCAAACUUUUAUGAUUUUUAUGAAAAAAUGAAAAUUGAAGGAAAACAGUUAAUGGUCAAUAUGAAAGCAUUAGAAACAUAUCCUCCUUAUCAAGGAGCAUCAUUAGUUGGGGACCCUAAGUUUGAUUAUGAAUUUGCUGAAGAAUAUAUAAAAAAUUACACAUCUGGUGAAGGUGUAUAUGUGGGAACAUUAUCAAAAUCAGAAUGGGAAGCUUCUUCAAUAUAUUUAACUUUUGCUUUUGAAAAAGUGAAGAACUCCUGGGCUUCUGAUGGUACUCCGAUUUAUGAAAUUUGACUGCAAUACUCUGCUCGUUAUAGAAUAAAGAAACUCAUUUAGUACAAAAAUUAAGGCUUUUUUAUUUUAUUGUUAUGAUAUUUGGGCUAGGUCCAAUUUAUACUAUCACCGUCACCUGGUUUUUGAUUAUUCAAAAUCGAAAAAUUGAUGAAUUUUCAUGGUUCUGGUCUCAAAAUGUCCAUUUUGCGGCGGAUUUAUGAAAAAAAAAAAUUGAAGGGUAGUUUUAACAUCCCCUUGCAUCCAUAUUCCACUAUUAUAAUGACAAUUAUUUUAAUUUAUCA